CCCCACGCCGCGCCCCGCCAACGCCACGGAGCCCCCACGGCCGCGGCGGCACCCCCUGCAGCCGCCGUACCCCUACCCCUACCGCUUCCUGCUGAACCACCCCGACAAGUGCCGGGAGCGGGCGCCGUUCCUGGUGCUGCUGGUGGUGACGUCCCCGGCCGACCUGGAGGCGCGCGACGCCGUGCGCCGCACCUGGGGCGACGAGAGCGCCGUGCCGGGGCUGUCGGUGCUGCGGCUCUUCCUGCUGGGCGUGCACCCCGUGUUCGGCGCCGAGCUGCGCCCCGUGCUGCAGGAGGAGGACGCGCUGCACGGCGAUCUGCUGCAGCAGGAUUUCCUGGACACCUACAACAACCUGACGCUCAAGACGCUGAUGGGCUUGGAGUGGGUGAGCCGCUUCUGUCCCAACGCCAGCUACGUGAUGAAGGCCGACCACGACGUCUUCCUCAACCUGGAGUACCUGGCGGGGCUGCUGCGGCCGCCCAGGACGGAUUUCCUGACGGGUUACGUGUACCGCUGGACCGGGCCGCUGCGGAACCGCGCCUACAAGUGGUUCGUGCCGCGGGAGGUGUACCCCAACGACACGUACCCGCCCUACUGCGGCGGGCCCGGCUACGUGCUCUCGGGGGACCUGGCGCUGCGCGUCUUCGGGGUGGCGCAGACGCUGCCCGUCAUCAACAUGGAGGACGCCUUCGUGGGCAUCUGCCUGCACGCGCUGGGCGUGGGCGUCACCGACCCGCCGCCCGGCGCCUUCACCAUGUACCGGCUGGACUACGAGCGCUGCCGCUUCUCGCGCCUGGUCAUGGUGCACCACUACGGGCCCCGGGAGCUGCUGCGGCUGUGGCCGCACUUCCGCAACGCGUCCCUCAGGUGUCCCUAG